AUGCAAAAUACUCAAAAUUUAAACAAACCAGCCGAAUGGUCACAACUUUUAAUUUCUACAAGAUCAUUUAUGGGAAUUGUAACGGAUGUUACUGGACAAGAAUUUCCUUCGUUUAUUGAGCAAUGGAUUGAUGUUGGAGGACAUGUUGAAUUUCACGUUUCCCAUGCUUUUAAUAGGAAAAGAAAUGUUAUUGAACUAGAACUUAGACAAGCUGUUCCUACUCCUAUUGGAUGUCAAAGAUAUGCCGGCCCUUUAACUAUUGUCGUCCAAGAAAUUGAUGGGCAUUUUGUUCAUACAGUUCAAGUAGAUGCUGCAGUCUCAAAACAUGAUAUUCAAUGCCAUUCUAAAGGAAGAAAAUUAAAAAAGAAAAAAGUUAUUUUGGGUACUGGAGAGGAAGUUGAAAUGGAUUUAUCUCAAAUGGAUGCUGAUUCUCCUGUUUUAUGGAUUCGAAUUGAUCCAGAAAUGCUUCUUUUACGUCAAAUUUUUAUGACCCAACCAUUUUAUCAGUGGGAAUUUAUUUUACUUUAUGAGAGGGAUGUUUUGGCACAACAACAAGCAAUUGAGGCUCUCCACCAAUUUCCUAGACAUCAAACACUUGCAAUACUUGAAGAUACAGUUCGAAAUGAAAAACUUUAUUAUAGAAUUCGAAAAGAAGCAGCAUUUUGUCUUGUACAUAUUUACAACAGUCUUCCGGACAGUCAAUUAGGUAAAUCUCCUCCACUUAUUGAUUAUAUCAGACAAAGUUUUUGUUGCAAAACUUGCCCAGAUAUUAUUCAAGCAAAUAAUUAUGUUGCUACUUCAUCAAAUUUACAAAAUUAUUUUCUUUUCCAAUCUUUGCCAUCAGCUCUUGGUUCAAUUCGUGGAGAAGGGAGAAAAUAUUGUCCCAAUUAUAUUGUUGAAUUUUUAUUGGGUUUAAUUAGACUUAAUGAUAAUUCGAUGAAUCGUUAUUCUGAUGAUUAUCAAAGAGGUUCUUUAAUUCAUGCUCUUGGAAAAACCCUUGUAAUGUCAGAAAAUUUAAUAGAAACACCUCAAGAAAUGAGUUUGCAUGCGAGUAGUAUUUUGGAAGAAAUUACUCAUGCUUUAAAUAUGGAUAUGAUGAAACCAAGUUUUCAAAGAAUUGUUAGUACACAUUGUUUACAAGUACUUUAUGAGCUCCAACGUUGUCAUCAUAUUCCUCAGGAUACAGAAGGUUGGAGUUUGAAAAAGAAUUUCCAGCUAGUCCCAAUAACUACAACCGUUUUUUGGAAGUUUGGAUUAUCUAAAAAUGUUUAUGCUCCGGUAAUUUUAUUUUUUUAUUUAAACCUGUUAUUUAUUUAUUAUUUAUUUAAGCUUCGUUUUACUUCACUAGCUUGUAUUGUUGCAAUGAUUAGAAGAAGUAGAUCUCAGUCAUUUGUUGGUACAAUUCUUAGAUUAAUUGAUGUUGUAAUUACUGAUCCAAAUCCUUAUAUUCGUUAUUCACUUGCACAUAGACUUUGUAUUCAGCCACCUUUUGAACAUACUGACAAUGCAGCAAUGUACCCUUUAAACACAAAACGAUUAUGCCAUGCAAUCUGGACAAUUAUUUCAAAUCCUGCUACUGAGGCACGGGUGCGUAUUUAUUUGAGUGAUCUUUAUUUUAUACUUUACGGUGCUGAUUGUCCAUCUAAUUUUUCAUCCUAUUAAUUGGGAUUUAAUUUUCUGUUAUUUUUCUAGUACAAUUCCCUCACUACUAUACAUUCAGACCUCACUUUGAGAUAUACCUUAAGUAUACGUUUUUUAAAUUGGUUGCCCACUGGAGAUAAACAUAUCAUAAUAUACAGUUCCUCACUAAUAAGUGUAUAUCUUAAAGUGAUGUC